AUGGAGGCUGAAUUUUACAUGGCGAUUCUUACCUGCUUCAUCUUCGUGAACUCAGAGGGUUUUCAGAUUGUCCAUGUCCAGAAACAACAGUGUCUUUUCAAAAAUAAGAGAGUGGUCAUGGACUUGUGCAGUAGGACAAACCAGAACCAGCAGUGGAUGUGGACUGAGGAUGGAAAGCUCCUUCAUGUUAAAUCUGCUCUGUGCCUGGGCAUCUCCAAUUCCUCUGGUGGCCCUGGCCGGGCCGCCAUCUUUGCCCCCUGCUCCCAGGCUCCUCGAUGGACUUGCUAUGAGAAGGAAGGGUUCCUUGAGGUGGAAAAUGCCUCUCUCUUUCUCAAGAAACAAGGCUCCAGGGUAGUGGUCAAGAAGGGCAGAAAGUACCUCCAUAGCUGGAUGAAAAUAGAUGUCAACGAGGAGGGAAAGCCAGUCAAUGAAAGCCUCUGCUCUAAAAAAGCUGGCCCAGGAACUGAAGUCUCGGUAAGGAGCAUUAGAAACACAGCUCCUCCCCAGACCCCCACUACUUUUAAUGCACUUCCAUAUAGCCCGGGACACAUUAUUAGAAAUACCACCGAGGCCUUCACCAGAAGUACCCCGGAAAACUACAGCCAGAACAGCAGCCAGAGGGAGCAUCCCAGUCUAUGGAUGGCUGGAAUGACAUCUUGGGUUCCCUGGACUACUCCACCCUUCUCCAGCACCACGGAAGAGACUGGACUGGGGGAGCCAGUGAGAUGCAACUUCACCUUGACAGAGUCCAGGGUCUCCAGCCGGUCCGUGUCUCUCCAGUGGAGAACUUUGGCGUUCCCCUGUAACUUUAACCUCACCUACAGCAGUGACACGUCGGGGGUCGCGUGGUGCCACCCUGUACGGAUAGACAACACCACCUAUGGAUGUAACUCCAAGGAUUUACAAGCAGGAACCAUCUAUAAUUUCACUAUUAUGUCUCUGGAUGGAGAAAAGAAAACUAUGGUCUUGCAAACAGAUCCUUUACCUCCUGCUAGGUUUGAAGUCAGUAAAGAGAAAACAACUUCUACCAGUUUGCAUGUUUGGUGGACUCCUUCCUCGGGAAAAGUCACCUGGUAUGAGGUACAGUUACUUGAUGAUAACCAAAAGAUACAGAUGGCCCAAAUUCAAGAAAGAGCUUCACGAAAUGAAUACACGUUUUUCAACCUCACUGCUGGUAAUAAGUAUAAAAUUGCCAUCACAGCUAUUUCUGGGGAUAAACGUUCCUCUACAAUGUAUGCCAAUGGAUCAACAGUGCCAUCCCCAGUGAAAGACAUUGGUGUUUUGGCGAAAACUAAUUCGCUCCUGAUUUCCUGGUCACGUGGCUCUGGGAACGUGGAACGAUACCAGCUGAUGUUAAUGGAUAAAGGGAUUCUAGUUCAUAGUAAUGCUGUGGACACUACUUUCUACACUUUUCAUGGACUGACGCCUGGUCACCUCUAUAAUGUCACCAUUGUUAGUGACGCUGCAGGGCUGCAAAACUACAGGUGGAAAUCAGCCAGGACAACCCCCAUGGAAGUCUCAAAUCUGAAGGUGACGAAUGAAGGCACUAUGACUUCUCUAAAAGUCAAGUGGCAAAGGCCUUCCGGAAAUGUGGAUUUCUACAACAUUACCCUGUCUUACCAAGGGACCAUCAAACAAUCCAGAAUAUUAGCAUCCCAGAUUACUGAAAGUCAAUUUAAAGACUUGGCCCCUGGACGACUUUAUCAAGUCACCAUCAGCUGUGUGUCUGGUGAAUUAUCUGCUCACAAGACAGCAGUGGGCAGAACAGUUCCACAGAAAGUUGAGGAACUGGAGGCAAACAGCAAUGGUUCUACGAAGUCCCUGGUGGUAAGCUGGUCGCCCCCUGCUGGAGACUGGGAGCGCUAUCGUAUCCUGCUCUGGAAUGAUUCUUCGGUGCUGCUCAACAUCACCGUGGGAAAGGAGGAAACACACUAUGUCAUAGCUGACGUGGGGCUUAUACCGGGAAGACAGUAUGAGAUAGAAGUCACUGUUGAGAGCGGAAAUCUGAAGAAUUCUAUGCGUUGCCAAGGCAGGACAGUUCCCCUGGCUGUCCUUCAUCUUCGUGUCAAACAUGCCAAUGAAACCUCACUGACCAUCAUGUGGCAGACCCCUGCAGCAGAAUGGGAGAAAUACAUCAUUUCACUCAUCGACAGAGACCUCUUACUCGUCCAUAAGUUGCUUCCCAGAGAUGCCAAAGAAUUCACUUUCACUGACCUGGUGCCUGGACGAAAAUACAUAGCUACAGUCACCAGUAUUAGUGGAGACCUCAAAAAUUCAUCUUUAACAAAAGGAAGAACAGUGCCUGCCCAAGUGACUGGUUUGCAUGUGGCCAACCAAGGGACAACAAACAGUCUGUUUACUAACUGGACCCAGGCCUUGGGAGACAUAGAGUUCUACCAAGUUUUACUGAUCCAUGAAAAUGUGGUCAUCAAAAAUGAAAGUGUCUCCAGUGAGACUAGCAGAUACAGCUUCCACUCGCUCAAAUCAGGCAGCCUCUACUCCGUGGUGGUAACAACAGUAAGCGGAGGGAUCUCUUCCCGACAAGUGGUGGUGGAGGGAAGGACAGUCCCUUCCAGUGUGAGUGGAGUAACGGUAAACAACUCUGGCCGCAGUGACUACCUCAGCAUAUCCUGGCUGCCGGCUCCCGGAGACGUGGAUAGCUAUGUGGUGAUGCUCUCCCACGGCGGCAGGGUGGUCCAGUCCCUCGUGACUGCCAAGUCUGUCGGUGAAUGUUCCUUCAGCUCCCUCACCCCAGGCCGCCUCUACAACGUGACCAUAACUACGAGGAGCGGCAAGUAUGAAAGUCAUUCCUUCAGCCAAGAACGGACAGUGCCUAACAAGGUCCAGGGAGUCAGUAUCAGCAACUCGGCCAGGAGUGACUAUUUAAAGGUAUCCUGGGUACAUGCCUCUGGAGACUUUGAUCACUAUGAAGUCACCAUUAAAAACAAAAACAACUUCAUUCAAACAAAAAGCGUUCCCAAGUCUGAAAAUGAGUGUAUAUUUGUUAAACUAGUCCCUGGACGGUUGUACAGUGUUACUGUCAGUACAAAAAGUGGACAAUAUGAAGCCAGUGAACAAGGGAAUGGAAGAACAAUCCCAGAGGCUGUUAAGGAUCUCAUGCUGAAGAACAGGAGCACUGAGGACCUUUGGGUGACAUGGACACGAGCUGAUGGGGAUGUCGACCAGUACGAGAUCCAGCUGCUCUUCAACGAUAUGAAAGUAUUUCCUCCUUUCCACCUCGUCAGCACUGCGACUGAGUAUCGAUUCACCUCCCUCACACCAGGGCGCAAGUAUAAAAUUCUUGUCUUGACGAUUAGUGGAGACGUCCAGCAGUCAGCCUUCAUUGAGGGCUUCACAGUUCCUAGUGUGGUCAAAAAUAUUCACAUUUCUCCCAGUGGAGCAACAGAUAGCCUGACAGUGAACUGGACUCCUGGUGGGGGUGAUGUGGAUUCCUAUGUGGUGUCAGCAUUCAGGCAGAAUCAAAUGGUCGAGUCUCAGACUGUCCUCAAGCAUGUCUCUGAGCACACGUUCCAGAGGCUGGAGGCUGGCGAGCAGUACCGGAUUGUGAUCGCUUCUGUCAGCGGGUCCCAGAAGAACCAGAUCGAUGCGCUUGGGCGGACAAUCCCAGCAUCUGUCCAGGGAAUAACUGCAGACAAUGCAUACAGUAGUCAUUCCUUAAUAGUAAGUUGGCAAAAAGCUGUUGGCAUGGCAGAAAGAUAUGACAUCCUACUUCUGAGUGAAAAUGGGAUCCUCCUAAGUAACACAUCAGAGGCAGCCAGCACGAAGCAGCACAAGUUUGAAGACCUAACACCAGGAAAGAAGUACAAGAUACAGAUCCAAACUGUCAGCGGAGGCCUCUUUAGCAAGGAAGCCCAAACAGAAGGCCGAACAGUCCCAGCAGCUGUCACCAAUCUGAGGAUCACAGAGAACUCCACGCGACACCUGUCCUUUAGCUGGACCCCCUCAGAGGGGGAGCUCAACUCCUACAACAUCUUUCUGUACAACCCAGAUCGAACUCUUAAGGAUCGAGCUCAAGUUGACCCGCAAGUCCAGAGCUUCUCCUUCCAGAACUUGCUACAAGGUCGAAUGUACAGAAUGGUGAUUGUAACUCACAGUGGGGAGCUGUCAAAUGAGUCUUUCAUAUUUGGGAGAACAGUCCCAGCCACUGUGAGUAACCUCAAAGGAUCCAAUCAAAACAUGACAGACAGCCUCUGGUUCAGCUGGAGUCCAGCCCCUGGGGACUUUGACUUUUAUGAACUGAUUCUCUAUAACCCCAAUGGCACAAAGAAGGAAAACUGGAAAGACAAGGACCUGACAGAGUGGCGUUUUCAUGGCCUCGUUCCCGGAAGGAAGUAUACUCUGUGUGUGAUAACUCACAGUGGAGAUCUCAGCAACAGGGCCACGGGGGAGAGCAGAACAGCCCCAAGUCCUCCCAGUCUUAUGUCAUUUGCUGAUGUCACAAACACAUCACUGGCCGUCACCUGGAAAGGCCCACCAGACUGGACAGACUAUGAUGACUUUGAGCUGCAGUGGUUCCCCAGAGAUGCCAUCACAGUCUUCAACCCCUACAGCAACAGAAAAUCAGAAGGACGCAUCGUGCAUGGUCUCCGUCCAGGGAGAUCUUAUCAAUUUAGCGUCAAGACCGUCAGUGGUGAUUCCUGGAAAACCUACAGCAAACCAAUUUUUGGAUCUGUGAGGACAAAGCCAGACAAGAUACAGAACCUGCAUUGCCGCCCUCAGAACUCUACAGCCAUUGCCUGUUCUUGGAUCCCUCCCGAUUCUGACUUUGAUGGGUACAGCAUUGAGUGCCGGAAAAUGGACACUCAAGAAGUUGAGUUCUCCAGAAAGCUGGAGAAAGAAAAAUCUCUGCUUAACAUCAUGAUGUUGGUACCUCAUAAGAGGUACCUGGUGUCUAUCAAGGUGCAGUCGGCCGGCAUGACCAGCGAGGUGGUUGAAGACAGCACCAUCACCAUGAUAGACCGCCCCCCUCCUCCACCUCCACAUAUUCGUGUGAAUAAAAAGGAUGUGCUAAUUAGCAAAUCUUCCAUCAACUUUACUUUCAACUGCAGCUGGUUCAGCGACGCCAAUGGAGCUGUGAAAUACUUCACAGUGGUGGUGAGAGAGGCUGAUGGCAAUGACGAGCUGAAGCCAGAGCCACAGCACCCCCUGCCCUCCUACCUGGAAUACAGGCACAACGCCUCCAUUCGGGUGUAUCAGACCGAUUACUUUGCCAGCAAAUGUGCCGAAAGUCCUGACAGCAACUCUAAGAGUUUCAACAUUAAGCUUGGAGCAGAGAUGGAGAGCCUGGGUGGAAAAUGUGAUCCCAAUCAGCAAAAAUUUUGUGACGGGCCACUGAAGCCGCGCACGGCCUACAGAAUCAGCAUUCGGGCUUUCACCCAGCUAUUUGAUGAGGACCUGAAGGAAUUCACAAAACCACUCUAUUCAGACACAUUUUUCUCUUUGCCCAUCACCACUGAGUCAGAGCCUCUGUUUGGAGUUAUUGAAGGUGUGAGUGCUGGUCUGUUCUUAAUUGGCAUGCUUGUCGCUGUUGUUGCCUUAUUCAUCUGCAGACGGAAAGCCAGCCAUGGUCGAGAAAGGCCCUCUGCCCGUCUGAGCAUUCGUCGGGAUCGACCACUGUCAGUCCACUUGAACUUGGGCCAGAAAGGUAACAGGAAAACUUCUUGCCCAAUAAAAGUAAAUCAGUUUGAAGGGCACUUCAUGAAGCUGCAGGCUGACUCCAACUAUCUUCUAUCCAAGGAAUACGAGGAUUUAAAAGACGUGGGUCGAAACCAAUCAUGUGACAUUGCACUCUUGCCGGAGAACAGAGGGAAAAAUCGAUACAACAAUAUAUUGCCCUAUGAUUCCUCUCGAGUGAAGCUGUCCAAUGUGGAUGAUGACCCGUGCUCUGACUACAUCAAUGCCAGCUACAUCCCUGGCAACAACUUCAGGAGAGAAUACAUCGCAACUCAGGGACCUCUUCCUGGCACCAAGGAUGACUUCUGGAAAAUGGCGUGGGAACAGAAUGUUCACAACAUCGUCAUGGUGACCCAGUGUGUGGAGAAGGGCCGAGUAAAGUGUGACCAUUAUUGGCCAGCGGACCAAGAUUCCCUCUACUAUGGGGACCUCAUUCUGCAGAUGCUGUCGGAAUCCGUGCUGCCUGAGUGGACCAUCCGGGAAUUUCGGAUAUGCAGCGAGGAACAGUUGGAUGCACACAGACUCAUCCGCCACUUCCACUACACGGUAUGGCCAGACCAUGGUGUCCCGGAGAGCACCCAGUCCCUGAUCCAGUUUGUGAGAACUGUCAGGGACUACAUCGACAGGACCCCCGGGGCCGGGCCCACUGUGGUGCACUGCAGUGCUGGUGUGGGUAGGACUGGAACCUUUAUUGCAUUGGAUCGAAUCCUCCAGCAAUUAGACUCCAAAGAUUCUGUGGACAUUUAUGGAGCUGUGCAUGACCUAAGACUUCACAGGGUUCACAUGGUCCAGACCGAGUGUCAGUAUGUGUACCUACAUCAGUGUGUAAGAGAUGUUCUCAGAGCAAGGAAGCUACGGAGUGAACAAGAAAACCCUUUGUUUCCAAUCUACGAAAAUGUGAAUCCAGAGUAUCACAGAGAUUCAGGCUAUUCAAGGCAUUGAGAAUGCACCCGAAGAUCUCCUGGAUCAAAACUAUUCACUGUGUGAUUUUAUUUAAAAAAAAAGAAAAACUUGCUUCAUGCCCUACAGAGGUGCCAGCUAUUUCUGUUGAUAUUAUGUAUAAUUUAUUAAUCAGGAGAAUUUUAAAGAUUUUAUGUAAUUUAAAGGUAACAGAUAUUAUUGUACAUAGUUGUAAUUUGUAGUUUCCUCUGUAAAUAUGUAUUUUUCAUAAUGUUUAAUAUUAAGCUUUAUAUAAUACUAUUUUUCCACACCAAAGUGUUCAUGGCUUGUUCUACCUAAACUAAUUCACCCUGUAUAACAGGACAAGUGGUAAAAAGCGUAUGGAGGUGGUUGCAGGGGUGAUCCCCUAGGCCAGUUUUGAUACCUACUGGGCAGGAUACAGGGUAGGGCUGGAGAGGGCAGAGAGUACAGCUGGUUUGAGGGCAUUGCUGGGACCCAAAGAUGAUCCAAAAGCAAUUAAUAUAUGUAACAAUGUAAUAAUAUCACAAUCAAAAGAAAGGGUUGAAGAGAUGAGAUUAAGCAGCACCAAAGCUGAAGUAGGUGUUUGUGCCUCAUGUGGUUAGUGUCUCCCCUUUGUCCUGCCAAAGCUCCAAGCCAACGUGGUCAGCUUAGGGGCCACGUAACUUGCAAGGCAAGUCCAGGCUGCCGGGCUGAGGGUUCUGAGAGAGGACGACCAGAACAGAAGUGAUGAAUUCCUCUUAUCCAGAGGCAUGCCACCUGCUGCCCUGACUGGAAACACAGUCAACAUGCAAAGCACCAUCCGCAGCCAUGGGAGACCGUUCCACUGCAUCCACAGUAUGCUGUGUGUGAGCAUGCAUCUCACACUGGGAUGUGUGUUUUGGCCAGUGGACACACACUCAUCUUUGUCUCAUUGCUAGGAGGCUGCACUCCUGGAAAAGUCAAAAUCGCACUGGUCAUACUUGGAUUUCCCAUUAAAAGAAGAUUGUGGUGACAUAUUAUGCUACUGAUCAAAGGGCCUAAUGUUAAUACCUCUAGAGAAAUAUCCACAAACAUCAUAUAUCACUAAUUUAAAAAAUACUGAAACAAACGUUCAGUGGUGCCUAGUAUAAAAUUUCCCAGACACCUUUUUUUUUAGUAAAUCAUUGAGGUCAAAAUAUCAAGUAGUCACCUUCAGUUGCAUUUACUAUAAAAGGCACUCAUACUCUGCCAAGUUGACCAAUUUUGCCUAUCAUAAAUUUCAGUGAGUCAAAAAGUGAGCAUUG